AGGACUACCUGGAUUCGAACAACUCGAACUUCUUCCGCCUGCACUGCAUGCUGCGGAAUUGCUGUGGCGGAGUGAGCUCCAAGGGGACAAACGGCACCUGGCUCAUCAAGGACCGCCGCAUGGGCAUCAAGGGUACCAGCAGCAUCUGGGACAUGAGCUCCAAGAAGAAAACACGCGGGAAUUUCCACGAGUUGGUGGAGCACCGGUUCUUCCGUGAGAGCUGCAAGGUUGAGGAUUUGGCCACGAGUUUGGACGUGAUGGUCCAGGGCAAGCAUUCGCAGUACAUCAACAGGCGCUUGUCUUACGGGAUGGCGAAGGACCCAAUCCAUUAUUUGGCAGGGGUGCAGCGCCAGACUGAGGGCGGAGUCGUUCUGGCGCUGCAGACGUUCUUCCGGAAGAAGGAGGGUACUCCCAUGGUUUGGAUGGCUUUCUGCGUCUUCACGCUGUUUGUCGCCUCUCUGGCCAACCUCAUGUAUGGCCAGGGCACGCGCGGCUUCAUCCGGAUGCUCGGAAGUGAGAGCGGGCUCGAGGGUGCCCUCGACCUCGCGAGGGGCCAGGCCGACUGGCUGAUCCAGCAAGGUCUGGCUGCGUCCACUGAGCAGGAGGCUUGGACGACCGUCAUACUGGACACGCAGAUCUGGGUGGCACUAGUGCUGGGCUUCUUGCUGCUGCUGGUACUGUCCAGCAGCCUCUCCUACGUGCUGCACCACUGCACCUGCGGAGGCAAACGACGCAAGGUCCGCCGCACGCGCUUCCCCACCAGCAUGGCGCAGUGGGCGCGGUUACUGAUCCUGCUGGACAGCCUGACGUACUAUCUGUGGUUCUGGACGGCCUUCUUCUGGAUCGCAUUAAACUACUACACGGUCUUCCAGCAAAGAACCUACCACUUCGAGGCAAAGCCCAUGACGUUUUUCUCUUGGGCCCUGCAGUUUCUGAGUUGGGCGAUGGUCAUCUUUGCGACAGCGCGCUAUCGGAUGGACCAGAGCAUGCAGGCCAACGAGGUUUUCUUUUUGAGCCUUACGAACCUGUGGCGCACCACGCAGCUAUUCUACAUCACCGCCCCGCUGACGCUGUUCUCCAUUGCCACUGGCUGCGGCGAGUUCUCCCGUCACAGGAUGUUGGGCGUUGAUAUCAGUUACUGGUCGGCAGGCGAUCGCGGUUCAAUCUCGACCACCAUCACGAAGUGGUGGACUUUGUUGUUGAUGUUUGGGGCCAUUGCGGUGAAUAUCAUUUAUUGGUUCGACUUGCUGUCUUUUGUAGACCCUAUAUCCGUGCUUAUCGUGAGCGUCAUUGGUCUCGAUGUGGUGCACAUCUGCGCAUUCUUGUGGCUGGGCAACAAGAACGAGGCUCUGCCGAAACCACCGCCCUCCUCGUUGCCCAAUUGGCAGUGGUGCAUUGCUCGCUUCUUCCAGCUGCUCUUCAGCAUGAACUUCUACCGCAACUCGCUGCGAGGCUUAGUGUUCAGCUCGAAUUUCGUGCUUCUGCUGCAGUGGGUUGGCCCCCUGCAGCAUGUUGUGUUUCCCCUACUCAUCCCCUUCAAGCCUGAGCUGGGCGUCAACCAGGCUCUCCUGCUCCUCAUUGCAGGCAAGUGAGGAGGACUGCGCGAGACCAUCGUGAUCGUAGACUGGUCUUCGCGUUGCAACUGCCAGCGCGAAAUCCGAUCGGAUGGAUGAUCUGCAGUGCGUGCACAGCAAUCCGCCGCAUUCUCCUGCUUGAGAUCCAAAGUGAGCUCAUUGUGCAGAUGAUUUUGUUACCCGCGCGCGAUGAGGCCAGCCCUUGUGACUACCAGAAAGUGUAGCGCUAGUUUUCAUGCCGCCAAUUCGGCAACACAAGUUUGUCGAUGUCGUCGCCCCCACUGCCCAGGACGGGUCCUGCGCGAUCAUGAUGAGGCGCAGAGAAAUUGAAGAACUCGUCAUCACGACACCCGCGCCAGCACUUUGUGUAGAUUUGAUAGGAUGUGUUCGAGAGUUUCGACGGUGGUUCUGCAGGCAGUGGGGCCAUGGCCCCGCUUGUGGGACAAAUAUUUGAGCGACUGGGGUUGCUGCUUUGCCCUCAAGGAUGGCGCCCAGGCCUUCCUGGAGUGCCGAAGCUGAGACCAGACAUGUUUUCCUUCCAGCUUCUGUUCCCCUUCUGCUCCUCAUCACCCACAUGCCUGUCGAUUGUCGACGUCUAUACUUGUUUUCGCAGUUGUUUCCGACUUCUGUAUGUUAUGUGCCCCGAAUAGUGCGACGCCGUGAAUGUUAGAGCUUCGCCACGAGAUCGUACCCCAGAGGGGAAUCGGCGGGCUGUUUGCGAUCUAGGAAGUCAGCGGUGUGAGCACGCUCCUGUACCCAGCUUUCCACACUAUGCGCAACCAGCGCAAUCUGCAGGAUGAUAAGUACCUGAAGCCCUUCUCCGCCCUCGGCCACGCCCCCAUCGCGAUCUACCUGGUCAAAAUCCCGCGACUGAAGCCCAACGGCUCGGAAAUAUCAUUGCUUUUGGGAUUUCGGUUGCUGACGUUCGCCGAUAGUCGGAGGGACCGCCUGUCGACCACCGGAAGGUGAGGGCAUUUUCCUGCGAAUCCUCCUUGUGAUUUGAGCUCCAGGCCGCCAGCCGCUUCGACUGCUGGAGGCUCGCCGACCCCUUUCGCUUACCGCGGAGGCCUGCAACAGGCAGGGGGCCCGCCGGCGUCGCCGACGGCUGGAGAGCAAUGCCAAGGAUGGAACCGACCAGGCUGCAGAUGGACGGAGGGCGGUGCCAGACGCGCCGCGUGCUCUCCUGGCGCUGGGAGGCCGUGGCCCCCCGAGUGGUGAUGCGCGCGAGCCUUAACGCCGAGACUGUCGGGCAGGUCGCCAUCGCGUCCUCGCCCACGCUGCCCGCGGACGUGGCUGCGGUCAGGGUGAGCGAGGUCAGCUCCGGCGCGGCGGGCGGCGCGUCCCAGAUGACCCCCCUUUGCACGUGGGUGUGCGUGCUUGUCUGCUGGAGCACCUCGCUCGUGCCGCUACCAGCAUCCGCGAUGGGGCGGAGGUGGAACAUGCCAAGGCGACGAAUCGCCCAGCGUGCCUGCAUUCACUGCUUGCUCUCAGCGUGCGAGGCCGCCCCACGCCCCAGGCCAGCGACAGUUUCGCGGGGCACGAACGCAGGAUCGACGGCUUGGACACCGACGACAUUGCCAGGUUUGGGGCUAUACUUUGCGGCCGCGCUUUCCUGCGCCACGGCGUCGGGCGAGUUGCUCAUCAUCCGGGCUGGGGGGCCAUACUUUCUCUCCCGCGGGCCUUUCGCGGACCUGGCGUCGCAACCACGAAUUGUUGGCGCCCGCGCGGCAAACCGUUGGGCAGAGGCCAACGGGCUGUAGUGCGAGCUUGGCCUGGCUAGAUUCCCGCACAGCUAGAAAGUAGGGUAACGCUUGGGGACGCUGGAGCCCCCCGGUGUUUUGUAAUCGCGCCCAGAGUUGGACAACGCUCACCAUCGCACCACAUGUUCUGAUCACAUCU